UGCCUAGAAAUCACGUCAAACAUCAAAAUGAAAAUUUUUAUAAUUUGAAUUGUCAAGAUAAAUAGUUGAUUGUAUAUAUGGCUCUUAGCGCCAAGAUAUAUGAAAUUAUUCGUAUCUCUUCCGGCGUUGGGACACACGUGUGGAACGGGUUCUCGACUAUGGCUACAGGUCCAAAAAAUCCUAAAGUAUCAAAGAAAAUCGGUACGCAUAGCGGUGUCUUUCAUUGUGACGAGGCAUUGGCAUGUUAUAUGUUAAAACAGUUACCAGAAUACGCAGAUGCCGAAAUCAUAAGAACAAGAGAUCAAUUUAUUUUAGGAAAUUGUGAUAUAGUAGUUGAUGUCGGAGGAGAAUACGACCCAAAGAAACAUCGAUAUGAUCAUCAUCAGAGAAGUUUUGAACACACUAUAAGUACUGUGCGAUCAGACUUAAUUAAAAAUAAAUCUAUAAAGUUGAGUUCAGCAGGUUUGGUGUAUGCACAUUUCGGUUUUGAAGUAAUAAUUAAAAUAUUGGAAAAGCAAAAUAUAACAGCAAGCAGUGAGUGUUUGAGGUCCGUUUAUGGGUAUAUUUAUGAGAGUUUUGUAGAAGAAUUAGAUGCUAUAGAUAAUGGUAUUCCCAUGUUCACUGAAGGCAAACCAAAAUUUAGAAUAAAUACUCAUUUAAGUGCAAGGGUUCAUAGGCUAAACCCUGAAUGGAAUUCACCAAAUCCUUUGCCAUCCGAUGAAAUAUUUUACAAAGCAAUGGAACUUGUAGGUUCAGAAUUCAGUGAAAGAGUAACUGAAAGUGUUACCAUAUGGUGGCCUGCGAAGGAAAUUGUUAAAAAAUCAAUGGAAAACAGAAGUAAGGUUGAUAAAAGUGGAGAAAUAAUACUGAUAGGUGAAAGAUGUCCAUGGAAAGACCAUCUAUUUGCAUUAGAAGAAGAAAUGGGUAUUGUGGGAGAAAUUAAAUUUGUAAUUUUCAAUGAUGUUGGAGGUUCCUGGAGAGUUCAAGCUGUACCGAUACAACCAGACAGUUUUAUAUGCAGAGUAUUUUUGCAUAAGGACUGGAGAGGUGUAAGAGAUGAUGAACUUAUUGAAAUUUCUGGGAUCGAAGGAUCUUUAUUCUGCCACGCCACUGGUUUUAUAGGAGGGAAUAAAACCAAAGAAGGUGCUUUACAAAUGGCAUUACGGAGUUUAUCUGCAAAUAUUGCCGAUAGAGAAUAAUUUGUAUAAAAUCAUUUUGUUAUUCAUUUUAAAUAAAAGUACUUUACCAAUGAA